AUGGAGGAAUCUCUUUCUCGUCAGAACACAGGCUUGAUGCCAUACCUGGUGGCUACGUCUCAGAUUGUGGGGGUAGCCGUAUUAGCCAUCACAGGAACAUGGCUGUCCCGUUACAGAGGAGGCUUCUCAUGGGAGGGACCAGAGCAGUUCAAUGUCCACCCACUUUGCAUGGUGCUAGGAAUGGUAUUCCUAUGUGGUGAUGCUUUAUUGGUAUAUCGAGUGUUUAGACACGAGACAAAGAGGGCAACUAAGAUACUGCAUGGAGCAUUACAUAUACUGGCAAUGAUCAUCUCUCUUGUGGGGAUCAUUGCUGUAUUUCAGUUCCACAAAAAAAAGAAAAAUAUUCCAGAUAUGUACAGCUUGCACAGCUGGUUAGGCAUUGCUACAUUCAGCUUCUACAUUCUGCAGUGGAUAAUUGGCUUUAUCAUGUUCUUCGUUCCUGGAGUAUCCUAUGCAUACAAAAGUCGUGUUAAGCCUUUACACGCAUUCUUUGGUAUGGGACUCCUAGUGACCUCGAUUUCUACGUGCCUGCUCGGCCUUACAGAGAAAGUGCUCUUCUCAAUCCCAGAUCAAUACUCUCAUCUGCCAUCAGAAGGUGUCCUUAUCAAUGUAUUAGGAUUGCUGCUUGUAGCAUUUGGGCUGGUGAUGGCUACAUCCUUACCCGGGAGGAGUGGAGGCGACCGCCAUUACCGGAAGAGCAAGCUCUCUCCAUUGACUUCAAAACUCUGACAGAAGGGGGGGAGAGCCCAACAGAGCCCUGA